AUGGCGUACACUUCCAAACGCGCCUAUCGACUCGCCAUCUCCCACGUCUUUACCAGUCUGCGCUGGAGCAGAGACAUGUACGGUUUUGUACCCGAAGGCGAUUCCUUUGAGGCCUAUGCCAUGUGGCAGUACAUGCGCGCCCCAGAGCCGGUUUCUCAGGUCCCUCGCGUCCAACACCUCCACCACUUCGUCACGGAGUUCUUUCAACUAGUCGAUGUGCCGCUUCUGCACCAACUUCUCGGCCACGCCUCAAACCUCCGCACCAUCGAGCUCUGGCACUUUGGAUCCUUCGUCACCGAAGAAGACAAAGAAAGUCUCAGCCGAGCUAUCGGCGCGAUGCGCUACCUCAAGCAAGCGUUUCUAUUAACUGUCCCCUUUGAGACGAUCUCUCUUCUGCCAGUCAUGUUUUCAAGCUCAACGAUCGCCUCAUUAACUCUCGAGUUGGGUGACUCCGACUACGAACCAGAUCACACCGCCGAGCUUACGGAACUCGUCUCCGUCCUUGCCUCAACCCCGAGCAUAUACACGUUUACCGUCGACUUCAACCGUGUCCCCGUGCUACCGAACGCCUUCAGAACACCCUAUGGAAGCCUUCCCUCGAUCCGCCACCUCUCCCUCACAUGCUCCUUAGCGGUGGCCACGAGUUUCGUGACGCUGUGCCCCAAUCUUCUCACAUUGUCGCUAUGGCUGUAUGGCGAGAACCCGAUCUUCUCUCUGGGGGCCGAUGACCGGUGGCCUACCGACCUCAAGGAGCUCAUUAUUCGAUCGCAGUCUAUCGUUACCGAGGACACCGCUCGACCCAUGGGCCGCGUCAGCUCUGUAUCGUUAGGGUGCAGUUGGGCGUCACUAUCUGGCCCAGAGAUCCUCGAUUUGCUCCCGCUGCUCGAAGCAACCCGCCCCUUUGCUCUCAAACUGCAGACAAUUCCCGUCUUGACUCAACCGGAGUACGUAUGGAAAUUCUUGGGCAGUGCGGUGCCUCGCCUCCGCUCUCUCGAGGUCGCAGUAACAAGAUGCAAGGUGUGCGAUUACGUGGACUCGCUUCUGCCCGCGCUGCAGGCCUCAGGCUUGCUCCUCCACCUCACCCUCCACUUCCCGCCGCCCACGCACUCACGGUUUGCCACGAGCAUGGCCGAGGUCGACGACCGGCGUGCGACGGAGGUCCGCCGCGUCGAGGCACUCCUCGCUCUCCCUCCGCGCCUCGUCACGGCCACCCCGUCGCUCCGGCUCGUAGCGCUGCGCUUCUACAUGCCUGCAUCGAGCGGCUUCGACACCCCGCAGGAACGCGCGGAGCGCGUUCCCACCAUGUCCGCAGAGCUCGCGGCGGAGCUCGCGCGCGAGGACGACGUCGAGCGGCGGUGGGGCCUGGCGAGCGAGUUCGUGCGCCCCGCGCUACGAAGGCUCCGGGAGCUCCGGGGAGAGGUCCCGCGCGACGAGCGAUGGUGGUGGGUCGGGGGCACGGGUGCGGCGCGCAGACCGGUGGAGAUCUGGCGGGAGGACGGCGAGGGGGCCCGGGCGCUCAUCGAAUGUGCUGAUUUUGACGCUGCAAGGGAGCCUCGACGGGUUUUAUUCCUCGAAGUGUCGAUAUGA